GUGGAGCUUUGAAUAGCACGGUUACCGUUCUUGAGCGUCAGCCUGUUCCUGCGGACUUGGAGGCGAAUGUGGGUGAUUUCUUUACCGGCGACUUUUCUGACCAAUGGCCUCUCAGGGUCAAUUCGGGUGACGUGCCGAGAGCUGGUUUCGCUCCCGAUGAUUGCCCCAUUUCUUGACGAUUCAGGAUUGAAAACAGAAUUCAACGGGGAUUUCAGCUGUAACUGUGACACAGCACCGGAUGUUAUCUCUGAAUUAUCCUUCGACUGUAACGAACUGUAUUCGGAAGUGUGUAGCAAUGAUUCCUAUGGCGACUUAUUUUUGAUGGACUCCAAUGAUUUACUUGGUGUGAGAGAAGAAGUCGUUGGUGACGAGAAGGGCGAUCACAAUACAUUAGUUCCAGACGGCGACGCAGACCUUUGCACUCUCCGAUACGCUUGCAGCGGAUAUGAUAAACAUGAACCCGAUGCUUCCUCUAACCACUUACAUCCAACCGGUGCCCUCCCUCCAGUGUUGAUGAAGAACGAGCCACAGGAUCAUUUGUUUCGUGACAUGGGUCUUUCAGCCUUUGUGGAUACACCUAGGCCUUUUACACAACGGAGCAAACACAACUGCGUAGGGGGUGCGGGUCUUGAAUAUCCUUUUGAGGAUCGUAGCACAAGAUUAGUUUCGCGCCGUUUGAAGAUUGAUGAUGACGAGUUUGUCGGUGCAAACGGCAUCUCCGCUUCUGAAGCCUCAGUAUCCGAGACGACAAGAAAAUCACGCGACGGAGCCCGUGAACUGAAGGAAUCGAUGGCCACUCUCAGCAGAAUGAAGAAACCAAGUGGCCAGUCCUCUGCACAAAGUCGCUCCCUUCGGCCCAAGGUGCAUUCGUACCCCGUUGUCCCUUUCACCACUCCCGCAAUGAGAGGACCCUUACCCCCUAGCUCUCAGCGUCAUCUUUCAUUCGUUACGGUUCCCCGUCCACAGCAUAGAAUACCGGCCAGUUCCAACAUGAAUGCUAGUCGAUACAGACGUCCCAGACAUCUUUCUAUCCGUUCAGGAGCUGCCAUACUACGCCCCAAGGGUACCUCAACUAGAGGGGUCAACAAAACCACAUAUUCCACGCAGUUACGUACAACAGGGUCACAGAUUCCCCCUAACUCCUUUUCAUCGUUCUCUCCACCUGUGUCUCCAAAGUCUAACAAUCCAAUUGCAUCCACGGGUGCUUCAGCAGCACCAAUGGCGAGCCUCCCGUGGCUUCAACAACUGACUGUGAUCAAUUCGAAAUCGGUGUUGCCGCUUAGAAACAACCCAACUACUUUGCUUUAUACAACGUAUCCGGCGGCUAACAUCGCCGCAGCUAACAAGACCAGAUUCUUGGGUAGAACUGGUCUAUACUUGUCGAACGGCAGUACCAGAGUGAACUUCCCGGCCCAGUUAGACUCUGCCGUGAGUACGUCUAAAUUGGCCUCGGUCGUAGCCGCGGCGUUCAGCACCUCUAUCCAGCGUCCUCAUAAUUGCACUCAUCGCCGAACCGUUGCAUGUCCGCAGCUAGGCUGUGGAAAAACGUUCCGAGACACGUCUUCCAUGCGCAAACAUCUCCACACACAUGGUCCCCGUGUACACAUCUGUGCGGAAUGUGGCAAAGCGUUUGUGGAAUCUAGCAAGCUGAAACGCCAUCAGUUGGUUCAUACGGGGGAGAAGCCUUACCAGUGCACGUUUGAGGGCUGCGGCAAACGAUUUUCCCUGGAUUUCAACCUGCGUACUCAUCUGCGCAUCCAUACGGGUGACCGGCCGUAUCCGUGCCCGCAGCCCGGAUGUAGCAAACGGUUCGCCCAGUCUACCAAUCUGAAAUCCCAUCUGGCAACUCACACCAAACUCCGUGUCGCAAUCUCCACAACAGCGAUCAUUGGUCGUCCUUCUCUGCAUCACCACCAACUUUCACGAUCCCGACAGCGAGCUCUACCGACAGGGUUCGAGAUAAACGCGCCGGAGGCAUUAGGCGAACGAAUUAGUCUCAGCAAUAGUGGUCCGUUUUCUCGCCUACAAUCGUUGCACACCGCCAAUUCACCUUUGCUUGCCGGAAAUGAAUCAACGUAUUCUUCUGAUGGAGUCAAUACGGUCUCUGAAACUUACUGGCAAACACUACCAACGACGGUUUCCUCUGUGGGUCCUCCCGACUCGUUGUCCGACUCUGGACUUUCUUUAUCACCUUCGUCAUCGUCUACCUCACCAUCAGGACUAAACAGUCCCAUCUCAACUGCACUCAGGCUGUCGCCCAUCAGAAUGUGUACGUCUCCUCUGCCUUUCAGACAAAAGUCCAUUUCAAUCGCGUUCCAACGAGACCCUAAUGUGGAAGUGAAACAUGAGUCGAAAGUUUUGAAGCCUAUUUCAUCCUCCGACGCUGAUUUGGAUAACACUUUCGAUAAACCGGAAAAUACAGACCAGCUACCUGAUGGAACACCUUGUGAGCCCGAUUGGACACUUUUCGGCCCGGAGCUCGUGCUCAGCCAAGAUAGUCCUGUCUCUCAGCUUACUGCUCACACGAGCUCUAGCCCACCGAACAGUGACCAGCAGCCAACUCCUCGUGUUGACACAGACUCGCCAUGUGAAGCAGGAACCGACACCUCGUCACCCUCAGCAACGCGACCUACGCAUCCACUUUGCCCACUAGUUUCCUACCGACCUGUGACGCGUAUGCGGCUUUCCGGGACUUUCUCCAUCUUGACGCACAGACACUCCCGUCCCUUAUCCAAGGCCUAAAUAAUCAACAGCAGCAACGUGUAUGGUGAAUUCAGGUAUCCCUACGACUGCCCACCUACUGGAUCUUUUCUUACUGUGAUUUUUUUUCGUGAAGUCCGUUGACUAUCAUACUACUUUGUCUCCUCCCAUGGUCUUCACGUAAACGACACAGGAGGCUCUAGCUUCACUCGGUCGCCAUGUACGCUUAUUUCUGAGCUUAGUAGUAUGUUAGUUUUUUGCUCGCUCUCUCGCUCGCCCGCCCUCUUCGUUAAUCGUUGUUGUUUUUAUUGUCUGUCUUUCUAUUCGUGCCAACCAUUUGCUGUCCCAUAUUCACAAACACCUAGGUGUCAUGACUUUUCCAUACUCAAUGCAUUUUACACUUAUCAAGUUGACCUGUUUCUUCGCGCCCCCCCCCCGACGAUGGUGAUGAUUUGAUUAGCAUGCAUAGUGCAAUACUCCUUACCUCAUUCACAUAUUUACCCAUAUUUACUUUCUCGUGUUGAUUGAUUAUUUUAGUUGGUUCUUCUCAUAUUACUUACCCUAGUCUGUUUUGUGCAAUACCUCCCCCCUCAUCGCUCUCAAAUCUCUUGUUUCUGUCCCAUUCCAUCUUAGCCUGUAUCAGCUAACAAGACUGGUCUAUCAAGAACGUCCUAGGCAUUCCUUCCUCCCGAUACCGACUACUCCUAGAACUAAUUCCCGUGGCGCCCAAGAUCACGGUGAAUGACUUGGUCGAUAUUAUCUUUUCUGUGUUUUCGCUCUAUUAUCGAAGCCGUUCUCUUUUACUACCGUUCGGUACUUUCCAG